UACCGGCAGAGUGAGUGAAGCGGUGCACAGGGUGGCGUGAGUCGUUUGGUCUGUAUGCGAUCGAAAAGAGAGAGAAGGAAUACGUGAGUAACUGGCAAAGACUCCCUUCAUUUCGACAUUUUAAGCUCUUCACUUAAGACAUCUGAAAAACAAUGGCAUUUUACGCGUAUGUGACCCGUGAACAGCUCGCCGGCUUUGACACUUAUAAGUACAGUGCAGUUGAUUCCAACCCUUUAUCCAUUUAUGUUAUGCAUCCAUUUUGGAAUUCUUUUGUUAAGAUUUUACCCACAUGGCUAGCACCAAACCUUAUCACUUUCACAGGGUUUAUGUUUCUUGUUCUUAAUUUUCUAAUGUUGGCUGCCUUUGACAGUGACUUUUAUGCCUCAGCACCAGGCCAUGUACAUGUGCCAAGUUGGGUGUGGAUUGCAGCUGGUUUGCUGAAUUUCAUUGCCUAUACUUUAGAUGGUGUUGAUGGAAAACAAGCUCGAAGGACAAAUUCCAGCACACCAUUGGGUGAAUUAUUUGAUCAUGGGCUAGACAGCUGGGCCUGCAUAUUCUUUGUUGUGACAGUCUACUCUAUCUUUGGAAGAGGAGAAACUGGCGUGGGUGUCCGUACCCUCUAUUUCAUUCUGUGGGUUGUUCUGUUUUCUUUUAUCCUUUCACACUGGGAGAAAUACAACACAGGAGUGUUAUUUUUGCCAUGGGGUUAUGACAUUAGUCAAGUGACUAUUUCAGUUGUCUAUAUUGUGACCUCAGUUGUUGGAGUAGAAGCUUGGUAUUCACCUAUAUUCUGGAAAUUUCACUACAGAGAUCUCUUCACAGUAAUGAUUUUAGGUUGUGCAUUUACAGUUACCCUUCCUAUGAGCCUGUAUAAUGUGCUCAAGUGA